CCAGCUUUCUACUGCCUCUGUACAGGAUCAUAUUGGACUGGCCCUGGUGCUAUGUUGCUGUUCUUCCUGCUGGAGAUGAGAUGGCACCAGAGUGCUGAAAGGGGGGAAGGGCAGUGUGGUGCUGCUCUCUUAACUGCAAGGAGCUAGCUGGGUUGGAGCUGCUCCUGCGUGCUUGCUGCCAUUGGCUGGAGAUGAUGAACCCCAUGCUGUAGUACCGAGGCGUUGCCUCUGUCCAUGCCUAAACUGUUGCUCCUACUGGGGGCAAUGCCUGUUGCUAUGAACUGUAGGAUGGCCAUAAGUGUUCGUGCCAGGACAAACUGCUUCAAAAAUGACUGAUAUGGGGAAAAAGUCGCCCUCAUCUAAUCAGCUUCUCCAGAUACGUUGGUGCAGGCCUGGCCCAGCAAGAGCUGGGGGAGAGGGCACUGGGAGGUGCCUGCUAUCCCACACUGCCUGCACCCUCCCAGGCUGUAGUGUGUGUGGUGCCUCCACCCCACAAGUCCUAUUUCUGCUAGACGUGAAAGAGACAGCCCCGGGCAUGGCAGAGGAGAGGCCAGGUGCCAUGCAGGCACCAGAGGACCAGGAGCAGCAAUGGCCUGACUUGCAGGGGGCUGGAGGGCCUGAGGAGGAACAAGAGGAGGAGGACACACCCCUGGACUGCAUCAUCUGCUUCACGCCCUACGACCGGCUGUUCAAGGUGCCCAAGGCCCUGGGCUGUGGGCAUGCCUUCUGCCUGGAGUGCCUGGCACGCAUCAAUGUCUCCUCUGAGGAAGUCAAUGCUGUGAGCUGCCCCGUGUGCCGGGAGCUCACACGCCUACCCCAUCGCAAAGGGCUGCCCGGCCUGCCCACCUGCUACGACCUGCUGGAGCAGCUGCCCUCCGUGCCUGGUGCCCCCAAGGGCUCCAUCCGCUUUAGCCGCCGCAAGGGACUGCUCUAUAUGCUAGGGGGGAAUGGAGGCCAUGGUGGCAACCAGGGCUGGGCCUGGGGCCGGGCACCGGCACUGCCUAAGCCAGGCAGUACCCUUAACACCAUCAGCCUGAGUGUGGAUGUAGGGCGUCCUGAGCCCCGGGUCGCGGGACGUAGCCUGCGGAGCCUGAGCAUCACCAGCUGGCCCUUCUGCGUGGCCGUAGCCGUGGCCAUAGUGGUGACAGUGGGGCUCAUAGCCUGCGGUGUCUACAUCUUCUUCUGGCUGCCAGGUGUGUACAACAUGGCCGUGCCGGGCCCAGGGUUCAGCAACUUCACCUGGAUGCUGCCCCCAAGGCCCAUGAUCAACAGCACACUCACCAACCACACUUUAGUUCCCCCCACCAGGCACUGAUGCCUGUGGGCUGGGCUGGGCUGGGAUGAAGGCCACUUCCCUGCUGUGCCCAAGCACGGCCACUAGCACCAGCCCCUGGACUGCCCUGUCCCUGCCGUGCCUGGGCUGAUGCCUGACAAGAGGAGCAGCAGGACCUGGACAUGACUGUGAGUCUGUGACUGUGACAUCCCCUGAUCACUGCCAGAGAACUGACGUGGGGGGGAAACCACCCCCUGCACCAGCCCCCUCAGACCCCAUCUCCUGGGAACAUGCAUGUGACCCCUCCUCUCCUGUUCCUCUGCUUCGCCCUUCAUUAAAUGACUUGUUUUUUGCGUGUC